GCGCGGGGGCGGGCAGCAGCGAGCGGGCGAGCGGGUUGGGCGCUGCUCUGGGGCGCACUCCUCUGGGGGACCCAGGCCCGGCCACCUUCCUUGAGUCCCUGGGCUUUUUUUUCACUUUUGAGCAGUGGAAGGCCGGGAAGCCAAAGCCAUGCAAUCGGAAUCAGGGAUCGUGCCUGAUUUCGAAGUAGGGGAGGAGUUUCACGAGGAGCCGAAAACCUAUUACGAACUCAAAAGUCAACCUCUCAAGAGCAGGGAGCGACUCGGCGCGUGGGGAACGAGGAGGAGCGCUGCGCCGGGCUGCGGACCAGGUGGGAUGCGGGAGAAUUUCUGCUGAACCCUUUCGGAAGACUGGAGCGGACUGCGGGCCGGGAGAGGGAGAGCUUGGGAAUGGAUGAGACUCGACGUUCGAGGGGAGCAGUUAGCCCGCCUGCGGUCCGGCCCUCUGGGAAGACCAGCCCCUGGCGGCCUCCAGAUCCGCGGAACAUCCUGGGGCCUCCAAGCCUCCGAUAAGCUCCUCCAGUAUGACAUCACGCAUCUUGCUACGCCAGCAACUCAUGCGUGAGCAGAUGCAGGAGCAAGAGCGCAGGGAGCAGCAGCAGAAGCUGCAAGCGGCCCAGUUCAUGCAACAGAGAGUGCCCGUGAGUCAGACACCAGCCAUAAACGUCAGUGUGCCCACCACCCUGCCCUCUGCCACCCAGGUGCCAAUGGAAGUCCUUAAGGUGCAGACCCACCUUGAAAACCCCACCAAGUACCACAUACAGCAAGCCCAAAGGCAGCAGGUAAAGCAGUACCUUUCUACCACUUUAGCAAAUAAACAUGCCAACCAAGUCCUGAGCUUGCCAUGUCCAAACCAGCCUGGCGAUCAUGUCAUGCCACCGGUGCCGGGGAGCAGCGCGCCCAACAGCCCCAUGGCUAUGCUCACACUUAACUCCAACUGUGAUAAAGAGGGAUUUUAUAAAUUUGAAGAGCAAAACAGGGCAGAGAGUGAGUGCCCAAGUAUGAACACCCAUUCACGAGCAUCGUGUAUGCAGAUGGAUGAUGUAAUUGAUGACAUCAUUAGCCUGGAAUCAAGCUAUAAUGAAGAAAUCCUGGGCUUGAUGGAUCCUGCCUUGCAAAUGGCAAACACGUUACCCAUCUCUGGAAACUUGAUUGACCUUUACAGCAACCAAGGCCUGCCACCCUCAGGCCUCACCAUCAGCAACUCGUGCCCAGCCAACCUGCCCAACAUAAAAAGGGAGCUCACAGCGUGUAUUUUCCCCACAGAAUCGGAAGCGAGAGCACUGGCUAAAGAGAGACAAAAAAAGGACAAUCACAACUUGAUUGAAAGAAGAAGAAGAUUUAACAUAAAUGACCGCAUUAAAGAACUAGGUACUUUGAUUCCCAAGUCAAAUGAUCCUGACAUGCGCUGGAACAAGGGAACCAUUUUAAAGGCAUCUGUGGACUAUAUUCGAAAGUUACAACGGGAGCAGCAACGUGCCAAAGAACUUGAAAACCGACAGAAGAAACUGGAGCAUGCCAACCGGCACUUGCUGCUCAGAAUACAGGAGCUUGAAAUGCAGGCUCGAGCUCAUGGACUUUCCCUUAUUCCAUCCACGGGUCUCUGCUCUGCGGAUUUGGUGAAUCGGAUCAUCAAGCAAGAACCAGUUCUUGAGAACUGCAGUCAAGACAUUCUGCAGCAACACCCAGACCUGAGCUGCACAACCACCCUGGAUCUCACCGAUGGUACCAUCAGCUUCAACAGCAGCCUGGGGACGGGGCCUGAGAGCAGCCCUGCCUACAGUGUCCCUAUGAAAAUGGCAUCCAAACUGGAAGACAUCCUCAUGGAUGAUACUCUCUCUCCUGUUGGUGUGACUGACCCACUCCUGUCGUCCGUAUCCCCAGGAGCCUCCAAAACAAGCAGCCGGAGGAGCAGCAUGAGCAUGGAAGAGACAGAGCAUGCAUGUUAGCAAGGCCUCCCCACUCCACUCACACAAACUGCUUCCUGUCUUGAUUAGUAGACUUCAUAGUUCACCUGAAGGGGUUUUCUUGAUAAUUUUCCCUCCUUAAUAUGAAUUUUUUUUCAUGCUUUAUCAAUAGCCCAGGAUAUAUUUUAUUUUUAGAAUUUUGUGAAACAGACUUGUAUAUUCUAUUUUACAACUACAAAUGCCUCCAAAGUAUUGUACAGUAAGUGUGCAGUAUCUGUGAACUGAGUUCACCUCCAGCACAAGCUGUCUGAGCAAGAAGAUUUUGCAUCAGAGAAGUGUCUAUCCAUUUUUAUUCAGGGUAAAACUUGAUUUGAGAUUUUUAUGCCUGUGACUUCCUUGGAAAUUAAAUGUAAAGUUUAAGUAAAAGAAUGUAAAGCAACCAUAAACAGAAAGGAAGAAAGAAACCUUCAUACUAAACCUUUUCCAUUUUAUAAAUGUAUUGAUUCAUUGGUACUGCCUUCAUAUACAGUACCUUUCUACCAUUGUUUAGUCUUUAUACUGCAAACUAUUGAAAGAACUGGUAUAUUCUGUAAAAGACAAAACAAGUGGUCAUUUUAAUAACAAUUAUCUGGUUAGAACAUAUAAUUGAUAACCAAAAUUGAAAGGAGCCUGACCAAAGCUCUAGAACAGUUAGUCUUGGUCUGUUUUACUCUCUGCAGUUAGUUUUCUUCAUUAAUGAAUUAAUGAGUGUGAUGCAAUUUUUCAUACGAUAUUUUCAUUUGAAAUGGAAAUGAAUGUCCUCUCACAGUUAAAUAUUGAGGAGCACUGAAAGUUUUUUUUUUUCCUCAUUUUUGCUUUUGAUAAGAGAACCAAACUGGGCACAUUUCUAAUUGGCUUUACAAUUUUUAUUUUUAAAUUAUGUUUGAGUCUUUGAUUUGUACAGACUUUUAUUAUCAUCGUUCUUUUCAGUGUUUGUAUUAAUUUCUAAGAAUAUGCAUCUUAAAAUUGCAAGUUUUCAGUAUUUUUACAACUCACUGGUAGUUUUCUGCAUUCUUUGUACACCCAUGAAAGAAAACUUUUUUGCAAGGUCUUGUGUAUAAAGAGAGCUUUCAAAAUAUUUUAUAUAUUACAGUCUCAGAACUGUUUUUCAGCACAUUUAAGGUUUAGUAUUAAUAGGUUAAAUCCUGGCUUUCUAGAAAGAAUAAACUUAUGUAUUUAUUUUUAGGAUAUAAAAAAUAGCAAUAUUCUUGGAGACUGAUAACCAUAGUAUUACUAUGCCCAUUAUGGUUAUUAAAAUUGGGGUUUAUUUCAGCAAACUCACUGGAUUUUUUUAAAGAGAAAAAUACUGGAUUGGCAAAUUACUGUUACUUGAUAACAAUGUUUUAACAAGCAGCAAUGUUGUAAAGUUAGUUUCAGUGCAUUAUCUCUUUGUGUAGCCCUAUGCAAUAACAGUAGUGUUAUAUGUAUCAAGCCUAGGUGUUUUAUACAGAUGACAUAUCAUGUUAUAAGCCAGGCUGGGGAAUGGAAUUUCUCAGUAGCAGCCUACAAUUGAAUAGCGAGUGGCAUAAAGCAUAUCCAUUCAGAAUGAAGUGCCUUAAAUAUAACAGUAGUCUUUUUUGGACUAGCACUGACUGAACUGUAAUGUAGGAGAAAGUUUCAAGAUGGUAUCUCUAGUCGACAGGAACAUGUAGCAUGGUGCCUAUGUAGACCAUAUAAGAGCUUCCAAUUUUCCUUCACAUAUUUUUAAUAUGAAACAUAUUUUAGUGACAGAGUGCCAACUUCUUUCAUCAAGAAACCUUAUUCAGAAGGUUUUUUUAAAAGUGUUUAAAUGUCAAAUGUGAAUUGGUGGUGGGUGAUGGAGGGAUGGGAGAGGAGUAAUUGUCAGCUGUGUGAAUGGAUGGCAUCAGUGUUAAUAAUCAACUACGUCAUCCCCAGGCACGUUGGGCAACAAGACUCCUUAGACUCGUAGGAAACACUGAUGAUGCUAUUACUUUUAUAGCUUUAUUACUUAAGGGGGUAGGGAAGAUUAGUUCCCAUUAUUUUAACCCUCUUAAUUGUAUAGCUCUUUUCCUAGAAUAGUGAUGCAAAUCUGCAUGAACAGCAAACUGUAUCUUAGUGUUCAUUGAUACAAUCAUAGUAUCGUCUACUUUUCUCUUCAUAUUUAUAUGGGGGGAGGGGACUGGGUGUGAAAGUGGAAGAUGGUGAUGCUAUGAUGCCAGUUUUUUUAAGCUGAUCUUGAGGGGUUUUAGCAAUAAACCCAACGUUAACUGACUAUGGCCGAAGGAAUACAGCCAUGGUGAAGCAGCCUUCUGGAAAGCUUUGUUGAGAGAGUGUAUGGCAUCUUGUACCACUGCCUAAAUCCUGCGACUCCUGAGCUGUCAUCUCCUACUUCCCUGUGACCUUCUUAAGACACAGUUGCUGAGAGUGGCAGGUGAGCAAGCUCAGGAGAAUGCUGCAACCCUGGGGGGUGGUUUUAUUUCUUUCUUUUUUGCCAAACAGUAUGUGGAUUCAUCUUAGGGACUAUUUAAGCCAAGAGGCAAUGUUUGGGGCUUGCUGUUUUUAACAAGAGAAUGAUCCACACCACUCCCCCCAUCCCUGGGUGCAGAAUUGUGGCUCAGGGUUGGGCCUCCAUUUGGGGUGACCAAAAUACCAUAAUUGUCCACCUGCCUCUAGGUAAGACAAUGGACAUACCAAACCUUCUGACUUUGCCAAAAACUGUACAAGCAACCUGGUCAUACAUCAAAGAUGACAAACUUCUUUCUGGUUGUUUUUAAACAAUAAAGCAAUAAGAACAAAUAAAAUACAUAGGACAUUAAAAGAUAUAAAAUAAAGCACAAAAGAAUGCACUUAGUAAUACUUUUGAAAAAUGCACUGGGGAAGAGUUGAUGUUGAUAGCAGUAUAAAAACCCUAUUUCUUGAUAAAAUGACAAGUGACUGUCUCUUGUGGACACUUGGUACUGUAAUGUUAAUAAUAGUCACCUGCUGUUGGAUACAGCAAUAAUUUCUGUACGGUCCAUAGAAAUGUACAUUAUGGAUUGAUAUUAAUGUAUCCAAUGAAACAAUUGAACUGUUGUUCCUGGUAGCUUCAUUAAAGCAUUUGGUUUUUCACAUA